AUUUCCUGAAGCAUGUAAAUAGCUUGAGGUUGGGAUAGCGUCGCAAUCUAUAUCGAUCUACAUUGUUCCGCAUCUGAGAUCUACAUCAUUUCGCAUUUGAUUGAGAGAAAAACAGUGCGCUGCAAGUUGGGGCAAAUUGAAGAUGCUACACGGUUUUAUUAUGAGCUCGCCUUCAUCCUUCGGCGGCAGUUGCCCAUGCUUGCGUGCUUAGUGUGCGCUUGAUGCGGAGGCGACUCACUCUCGCUCUUCAUUUUGUGGUUGACUCCGUGUGUGGUUGAUCGCAAACGUCCUACCAGGGAUAUGUUACUUUAUCGGGGGUUUUCUCGGAAUUCGAGAAGUAUCUUGAACCGAUGCCAGUGGGUUCUCCUUCCUCUGCAACAUCACCAUUCAAUUCUUUCGAGCACUGUUCGCUCUCCCCCUGACCCUACUCGGAAGGAGCAACUUGAUCCAUUUUCGCUUGUUGCGGAUGAACUUUCAAUUCUUGGUAAUAGAUUGCGGUCAAUGGUUGUUGCUGAGGUCCCUAAGCUAGCCUCAGCUGCUGAGUACUUCUUCAAGAUGGGUGUGGAAGGCAAGAGGUUUCGCCCCACGGUUCUAUUGUUAAUGGCAACUGCUUUGAAUGUGACUAUACCUGAAACAGCUUCUGAUAGAGUUGUUGAUCCUGUGGCAACAGAACUACGCACCAGACAGCAGCGUAUAGCUGAGAUUACAGAGAUGAUUCAUGUGGCAAGUCUUCUUCAUGAUGACGUCUUGGAUGAUGCAGAUACACGGCGUGGUAUUGGUUCAUUGAAUUUUGUAAUGGGCAAUAAGUUAGCAGUGCUAGCUGGGGACUUUCUGCUUUCCAGAGCUUGUGUAACACUUGCUUCUUUGAAAAAUACAGAGGUUGUGUCUCUAUUAGCAAAAGUUGUAGAGCAUCUAGUUACUGGUGAAACAAUGCAAAUGGCCACUUCAUGUGAGCAGCGUUGUAGCAUGGAAUAUUAUUUGCAAAAGACAUACUAUAAAACUGCAUCAUUGAUUUCAAAUAGCUGCAAGGCAAUUGCUCUUCUUGCGGGACAAACAGCAGAAGUUUCAAUGUUGGCUUAUGAGUACGGCAAAAAUCUGGGAUUGGCGUACCAACUAAUAGAUGACCUUCUCGAUUUCACUGGCACAUCAGCUUCCCUUGGAAAGGGUUCUCUAUCUGACAUCCGACAUGGAAUUGUGACUGCUCCCAUAUUAUUUGCAAUAGAAGAGUUUCCUCAAUUACGUUCAGUUGUUGAUCGAGGCUUUGACAAUUCUGGAGAUGUAGAUCUUGCUCUUGAGUUCCUUGCGAAGAGCAGUGGGUUGCAGAAGACAAAGGAACUAGCUACAAAGCAUGCUGGCCUAGCUGCCGCGGCAAUUGAUUCUUUGCCUGAAAGUAACGAUGAGUUGGUUCAAAAAUCAAGGCGUGCACUUCUAGAUCUCACUCAGAUUGUCAUUACAAGAAUCAAGUGAAACAAAUAAUUACAACGACGGUGUCGCUGCAAUUUUGGGUGCUGCAAGGAGGGGAGGACAAGGUGAUGGACAUAUCGGCGAGUGAGGAGCUGUACGAAUCGGUGACCAGCUGGGACAAGAACUUCAAGGUGUACCCCGGCAUGUGGCACUCCCUCACCUACAGUGAGUCCCUUAGACAACACCGGCAUCAUCUUCACUGACAUCGUCGAGUGGCUCGACGAACGCUCUCUCUCCCCCGCCUCCUCCUGCCUUGAGCAACAGCGCAAAUGCCUCUAUGACGACCGCUGCUCCUCCGCCAAGCAGUGACUCGACCACAAAAUUUGAUUCAUCUUCAUCUCUCGCUUCCCCUCCUGCUCCUCUUUCUUUUUAGAAUUCUAAAUCUAACUGGUACUCACUGUUCCCAUUUGCAGCGGCAGAAUACUGUGUAAAAAUAUUUUUUGUUGUUUGGACCGUGGGAAUUCUUUCAACCUUCCCUGUUUGU